AUGAAAUUCUCCAACACUCUUUUCACCGCCGCCAGCCUGGCGCUGGCCAACGCCCUCCCCCAAGCAUCCACCUCGACCCCGUCUUCCUCCGCAACGGCAUCACCAUCGCCAUCCGCAACCCCAGGCGCCUCCUCCUUCGCGACAACAUCCGGCCUGGAGUUUGUCAUCGAUGGCGAAACCGGCUACUUCCCCGGCUCCAACAGCUACUGGAUCGGCUUCCUGACCAACAAUGCCGAUGUGGAUACCGUCUUCGACCACAUGGCCGAGUCAGGCCUACGCAUUCUCCGCGUCUGGGGCUUCAACGACGUAAACACCGUCCCCGGCGAGGGAACAGUGUACUACCAGCUCCACCAGGACGGACAGUCCACGAUCAACACGGGCGCCGAUGGCCUGGAGAGACUCGACUAUGUCGUCCAGAGUGCAGAGGAGCGAGGAAUCAAGCUGAUCAUCAACUUUGUGAACUACUGGGACGACUAUGGCGGCAUGAACGCCUAUGUGCAGGCUUAUGGUGGAUCCGACAAUGCGGACUUCUAUGCUAGUGAGGAGAUGCAGACUGCGUACAAGGCUUAUAUCAAGGCUGUUGUGGAGCGCUAUGUCGACUCGCCUGCGGUGUUUGCGUGGGAGCUUGCGAAUGAGCCGAGAUGCCAGGGGUGUGAGACCUCUGUUCUGCAUCAAUGGAUCGAGACCACGAGUGCGUAUAUUAAGAGUCUUGAUUCGGAGCAUAUGGUUUGCAUCGGUGAUGAGGGCUUCGGCCUCGAGACUGGUUCCGAUGGAAGCUAUCCGUUUGGAUAUUCCGAGGGAUCCGACUUUGCGCAGGCCCUUACUAUCGCUACUAUUGACUUUGGGACAUUCCAUCUGUACCCGGAUAGCUGGGGCACGAACAACGACUGGGGCAACCUCUGGGUGACCUCUCACGGCGCAGCCUGCGAAGCCGCAGGAAAGCCAUGCCUCUUUGAAGAAUACGGCGUGACAUCGGACCACUGCGCCAUCGAGAAGCCGUGGCAGACGACAGCGCUGAACACGACGGGCGUGUCGGGCGACUUGUACUGGCAGUAUGGCGAUACUCUAAACACGGGGCAGUCGCCAGAUGACGGGAACACGUUUUACUAUGGAAGCGAGGAGUUUGAGUGUUUGGUGACGGAGCAUAUCGAGGCGAUCAAAGCCAGUGGCAGGGGAUGA